AUGGUAGCCGACUUUGCGUUCGUAGUCUCAAUCUCGGCGCCUGGAGCUCUACUACUACCAGCCAUGUCGUACGUGGACCUUUCAUUUAUUUGGAACGUAUUGGAAUGGACCCCUGCUGGUCCUAAGCUGCGGUCGUCCAUCUCGAUGGGCGUGUACUCGAACGACGAUGGGAAGAGACCGUCGAAUGGUCUUUCCCUCCAAGAGACUAGUCGUCUCGAGAUGGACUUCGCCGCCGUGUAG